AUGUGGGCGCUUCUGCAGUCUGCUGUUGUGGCCCUGGUCUUGCUGGCAUCCCUGGUCAUGUUUGCGUCUAUUACCAAGAAUCUGACGAUUCCUAUGAUCCUGCUGACUGCAGGUGUGGCCUUCUACUUCUUCGGGGGCUUGCUCAAGGGCAUGCACUUCGACCUCCAGCUUUUAGGCCAAAACACAACAUCGGCGCUGAACAUGUCCGUGGAUGCCGCGGAGUUUCAGCUAAUCAAGGCCGAGAUCCAGGAGUUGAACACCAAGCUCUUCGGGACUGCCAGAAGCCCUGGCUCCAGGUUAAGCAAAGUGGUCUCCAUGCUCCAAGAUUUCCAGAAGAUCGAUGCGAAGCUUGAAGAGGUGAGGGGCGUCCUUCGCCUGCUCGAGCACGACGAAAGCAGCUCUCUGGAGGACUUCCUGCAGCGGCAGCAGAACCGGGCCGAGGAGCUGGCGAACGCCUCCGUCUCGCGAGUUCUCGAGCUCGUGUCCCAGAAGGCUUUUUGGGAUCGGCUUCAGCCUCUGCUUCGUGACGUGGGCCUCAUCUCCGAGGUUGAUCCUGAGACGCAGAUUCGUGCUGAGGCGGAGCGAGCACGGGUGCAGGAGCAGCUUCGCAUCGAUGCAGGUGUGGCGGAGAAAGUGGAGCGCAUCAGGACCCAGGGCUGGGUGAUGGUUUAUGAGGCCAUCGCUGCAGACUUUGACAGAGCACUGCCGUAUCGCGCCGCGGCCCUGCUUUGCUUUUGCAUGGCUCUUGCCGGCGUUGGUUUGGGCUAUCACAUCCUGAAGCGGCGACUUCGUGUGCCGCCUCUCGUGGACGAGACCUCGGCGUCCUGGCUGCCGCGCUUCCGCCGCAUUUCUGCAGUCGAGGAUCCGACGGAGCUGCUGCACCGCGUCUUCGAGCGCGACGAUGCGCGACCCAAGGUUGUCCUCGAAGAACCCGUCCGCCAAACGCUCGAGGAUAUGGCUCUCAUCGCGGCGGCUGCAGCUCGCCGGCGAUCGGGUUUGGCGCUGCCCAACGCCGUCUUCUUUGGCCCGCCUGGCACAGGGAAGUCCCUGGCUGCCCGGCGACUGGCGGAAGCCUGUGGUAUGGACUAUGCGAUCAUGGCAGGUGGCAACGUGCUGGGGCUGCAGGAGGAGGCGGUUCCAGAGCUGCGACGCGUUUUCCGCUGGGCGCAGAGGUCGCCGCGGGGAGUGCUCCUCUUCGUGGAUGAGGCCGAAGCCUUCCUUUCGCAGCGCGGCCACGGAAACUUCCACCUGCAGGCGGCUGUGUCCUUCUUUUUGACCGAGACGGGCUCCAGCAGCACCCGUUUGCAGCUGAUUCUGGCCACGAACCGAAUCCAGGACCUCGACGAGGCCGUCCUAAGCCGCCUACCCUUCCAGAUCAAGUUCAGCAAACCGCCCGCAGACGUCUUGCAACAGCAGUUCGAUGACCGAGCUGGUCGCCUUCCCCUUUUCGCCGCGCAGCGCCUGCGGCAGCUGAUGGACCGGCGAGGCGGCGUGGAGAAUUCCCAGGGCAAGACGCUGGAAGCCUUGAGAUUCUCGGGCCGCGACGUCCAAAGCCUCUUCGAGGAGUUUCAGCGACGCUGGAGUCUCGAGCAGGCUUCGGAUGGCAAGCGGCCGGCCGACGAGGCAUGGCUUGAUCGAUGGUUGCAGCAGCGGGCAGUGGAUGGUUGA